ACCGGUAUGACCUAGAAUAAUCAUACAAAUUCAUACAUACGAAAUGAUACGAUCGACGUCCGAAUCGUGGUCUCUGAAAAGUUAGACUAUACGUUUCAAGCAACAAUCGUACGCAUGAUAUUGCACGAUCUGAUCUGAUCCCAUGACAUCAUACAUACGAAUAGAUAUGCACCGGUAUCGGUAUACCGAAUACUGAAAAUACCAAUACCGAAAAUACCGACUUUUUUUAUUUGGACUUCUUUAGAUUUUUUCAUCUGAAAUGACAUAGUUUAGCAUCCUGAACACCCAGAAAGAAUCAGAGAUGCAAAACAAGAGGUUUGUUUGCAUUCUAAGGCCAAGGUUUUCCUUUAUUUUCUAUGUAAGUUGUUCUUACACAUGCUCAGAGUACCCAGCUGAAUGUUUUUUGUGUUCUGACUGUCCAUGACGCUAAACUGUGUCAUUUCAGAUGAAAAACUCCAAAAGAGUCCAAAUCGAAAAAGUCGGUAUUUUCGGUAUCGGUAUAUACCGAAGCUCGGUAUUUCCGGUAUCGGUAUUUCGGUAUAGAUACCGAUACCGGUGCAUAUCUACAUACGAAAUAGUAAGAUUACAUAAGAUCGUGUCUGAUUUUGUACGAUCAUAUUCGAUCUUACGUACGAAUGAUACAUGAUCCUGACUAUUUUUUGCCGGUAUCUCGCGCUAGUCUGCUUUUGCUUUUCUUGUGCGUUUUUACCGCAUAUGAAUCUUCUUAAUUCGUUUCUUUUUCAUGCCUUUUAUUCAUGUAUGAAGACAUAAAAGGUUUAGAAAAAGAGUCACUGAGUUGAAAAAACUGUAGAAAUAUUUCAGUCCAUUGGAUAAAUCACAUCAAAAGAAGAAAAAAAAUUUAAAAAUAAAAAUAACAAAUUUCUUAAAAAGGAAAAUCGACAAACAGAGUAUUACAAAAAGAACGUGAAUUGAGGUGAAAAAAUGUGCCUAAUUCGUAAACAAAAAUUAUGCAGAGCUGAAAAAAGAGUAAGCGAAGUAGUCCUUUCAAGAGUAAGUCUGAAAAAAUGUGUUUUAAGACGCAUUUUUUAAAGAAAAUGGUCCAGCAGGUGAUUUUUUCUUUUAUAUGCUACUAUGAUCCGUGCAGUUCUGAUUCAUCCUAACCAAACUUUCGAAAGUACGCUUCCGUGAAGCUUCAAGCGCAAUUCUUGUCAUGAAACUAACUAAAUUCCUAUAAACAUAGUACUGAACACGCACUGACAGUAAAGGGAAAGGCUUCCUUCUGACUCUCAUCUUCUGAAUCAGUGCUGCUUUCUUCUGAAUUCUGAGUGUCAUACUAAAACUGUGUUAUUAAAUAAUCAAAAUUCAAUUUAAAGAAAGGCCAAAAACAAAUAAAUGAGCGGAGCAUCGCACAACAUCGUGAGGGUAGUAAAUGGUGCUGCUAAGCAGCUAAUGCCCUUGUGCUAUGAAAUUAAACUGAAUUUUCUGCAGCAAUAUACUUCUAACACUAAACAAGUCAUUUGAAUUCGAAAUUGAGUUUUUUUCAACAUUUCAAGUAUAAAUCGCAGCAAAAGUAAAAAAAAUGAUCUAAAGAGUACGAUUUUGACUCAAAUCGUAUGACACGAUCAACUACGAUUUUUACCAAACAAUUUUGUACAAAUUAUACUGCACGAUUUCAUACGAAAUACCUGGCCGACAUAUAAUCAUACCCGUCCUAAAAUCGUAGUAUAAGAAAUCAUACGAUUCUACCCUACGGAUCAUAUCACUUCUUACUUCUCUUACGAUCUUAGUACGAUUCUUCAACAUGGGACUGUCUGAUAUUAAUAGCAACUUUUUCCGAUGUACGGUUAUGGGGAAAAUCCCCCGUGCUGGAAGGGUGAUUUUAUACAAAAAAACAAUAAUGUCUUCUUCUUCAUCUUUGACACGAAUUUUUGUAAAAUUCUUCAAAGAAUACUUUCUUGAUUAGAAUUUUUGAUGCUUUAGCGCGCCAAGUGAAUCAUUCAACAAUCGGUAGUUUAUCUUUUUCACUGAUUAAUUGUUCAUUUUUGGUUUGUCUAUCGGAGAGAAAAUUGAUUAAAACAAAAUAUAAAACGUCUAUUUUAUCAUUUGUUUCAUUAUCAUAUCACAUUGGUCGAUUCUAAAACAAAAAUGUAUUACUGAAAAACAAUUCUGUUUUCUGUUGCUUAAUACCAAUUAUCUAGCAUAAAUUUUAAAUAUAACAUUUAGAAUUAACAUCUGGUGAUAUCAUUUUUAAAAUAAGAUCGAUGUUUUGACUAUGUUGGAUCUUUUGUUGGUUACCAUCGAUUAUUAUGUAAAAAGCUAUUGUACUUUAUUUUUAUAUUGACUAGUUUUAUUAUCAAAAAGACAGAAUAAAAGAAAAAGAGAAAAAAAAAAGACGAGAAUAUUGCCUAUAUAUGCGGUCACAUCUGUUGUUGUCAAGAAGAAAAUUUACUCAACGAAAUACACUUGUUUGUAUUGUAAAAUGAAAUUUAUUUUUUAAUUAAUCUAAUCUUAAAGAGUAAAAAAACUGUGACUAUUAUUCAAAUCGAAUAAGAUAUUAUACUUGUAAAACAUAUCAUUACUCACUAUAUUUAAUUAAUUAGUAACGAUAACUGAUAUCGAAAAGAAAAACAUUUUCAUAUGCUAUUGUGUCAAGACGAAGAAAGAAACUGUCAUGUUAAAUAAAUAACUUGAAAAAAUUAUUAAAAUGAAACACAUAUAAAUAGAGGUAACUGAUGUGUUAUAUUGGUCAUAUUUUUUUUUACAUUGAAAACUUAUCUGCAGGUUUACAUUAUGUCUGAUAAAUAAAUUUUUACUUUAUAAUGAGAAUUUUAGUGUCAGUUGUUCAUAAAGAAUAAAGAAGACAUUGAUAUAGUUUCACUGAAUAUGUAUCCAAUUCUUAUUUCAUAAAUUCAAUAUCCUCUAGACAUUACCAGAUGGUUGAUAAAAAUUCUUUUACAAUUAUCAUUUCAUAAGACAUACAAUAUAAGUUGAAUUAGGAUACUUUUUUUAUUUGCAAAUGAUUGCAUUUAAUCUCUUGUAGAAAUAAAUUUAAAAAAAAAAAAAUGACAUUAAAACGAAUUUUAAUAAUAAUAAUUGUUGGUAUUACGUUUAUUAUUCCCCUUGUUCAAUUAUCAAUUGGUUUUACAUAUUUAAAUAAACCUGUUACACAAUGUCCAAUAGCCAGAGAUAUUCCCUUGGUAUUGGCAUUUGGAGGAAUGUUUACGUUACUCUUUCUAGCUACAGCCUAUGGUCUUCUCUAUACAAUAUCUGAUCGUACCAAUUCAAGUGGAAAAACAAUUAAAAUAAUUAUGGGUAAUCUUAAAUGUUUCUAA